CCACCUAUCUUCCAUUUUGUCCACGUGCAAUCUUACCGGAACAAGCCGGUAUGCCCUACUUGCUAUCCCCGGUCAACAAAACGUUCCAUUCUUCAAAAUCUCAUCUACCUUCAUUCAACCACAUCUUCGUCAACCACCUGUCUUCCGGUAACCCACCUCCCCUCCUUGCCUUUUCUAAGGUUUCAGUUUCAGGGACUCAUUUGUAAACACACACGCAAAAUUUAUUUAUACAUAUUCUAUGGGAAGCUCUGUUUGUGCGAAGCAUCGUUAUUUCCGUUAUUAGGAAUUUCAACUCCUCGGGAAAAGUUCCCCCAAACACUUCAAAAAUUUCCCUUUUAGGGUUUCAAUGGAUUUAUUUCAUACUAAAUCGGGUUUGUCCCUGGGUUUUACUAAAUCCUCCAUUGCGGAUGAUCCGAUUUCGCUUCAAAUGGACACCACCUUUCGCUUCUCCGUCUCACCCGUUCCGUUACAGUUGUUCGAGGAAAAAGACGACGGCCACCGUGAAAAUCGCAUCGAAAGUGAUGAAGAAAUUAGGAUUUGGGGGCAGUCUAUGUGUGUGAAAAGACAAAGGGAUCCUAAACCUCUUCCAAAUCCUUGUAAACGGUUUGCUCCCGACCCCGGCCUGGACCAAAGACGAGCCGCGGUCAGGUCGUGGGGAAACCAACGGCUACAAGAGGCCGAUCCUGAAUUGAGUGAGAUCAUGAACAAGGAAAAGCAGAGGCAAUUCUUAGGAAUUGAGCUUAUUGCUUCUGAAAACUUUGUGUGCCGAGCUGUGAUGGAAGCUUUGGGAAGCCAUUUAACAAACAAAUACUCCGAAGGAAUGCCUGGAGCGAGGUACUACACGGGCAAUCAUUUUAUUGAUCAAAUCGAAAGCCUAUGUCAAGAUCGUGCAAUGGCAGCUUUUAAUCUUGAUUCCGACAAAUGGGGAGUCAAUGUGCAGCCUUAUUCGUGUACUUCUGCAAAUUUCGCCGUUUAUACGGGACUUUUAUUACCUGGUGAUCGGAUGAUGGGAUUGGAUUCGCCCUCUGGAGGGCAUAUGAGCCAUGGAUGGUAUAUGCCGGGUGGGAAGAAAGUCUCUGCUGCGUCGAUAUUCUUUGAGAGUUUUCCUUACAAGGUGAAUCCUCAAACAGGGUUUAUUGAUUAUAAUAAGCUUGAGGAAAAGGCGCUUGAUUAUCGGCCCAAGAUUCUAAUUUGUGGUGGGAGUUCGUAUCCUAGGGAGUGGGAUUAUGCAAGGUUUAGGCAAAUUGCAGAUAGAUGUGGAGCUGUUUUGAUGUGUGAUAUGGCUCAUAUUAGUGGUCUUGUGGCAGCCAAGGAAUGUGCUAGUCCAUUUGACUACUGUGAUAUUGUCACUUCAACAACACACAAAAGUCUACGGGGCCCAAGGGGAGGUAUAAUCUUUUAUAGGAGGGGCGCAAAAUCAAGAAAGCAAGGCAUGUGUCUCAGUAAUGGUGAUUGUACUGACCAGCUUGAUUUUGAGGAAAAGAUAAAUUUUGCUGUCCAUGCAUCAUUACAAGGAGGACCUCAUAACAAUCACAUUGCUGCUCUUGCCAUAGCAUUGAAGCAAGUGACUACACCAGAGUACAAAGCCUAUAUGCAACAGGUGAAGAAAAAUGCUCAGGCUUUGGCAUCUGCUCUACUGAAAAGAAAAUGCAAGUUGGUUACCGGAGGCACUGACAACCAUUUGUUGCUGUGGGAUCUCACUACACUAGGCUUAACAGGCAAAUGCUAUGAGAAAGUUUGUGAGAUGUGCCACAUCACUCUGAAUAAAACUACUAUAUUUGGUGAUAAUGGUGCUAUUUCUCCCGGAGGAGUGAGAAUUGGUACGCCUGCUAUGACAUCAAGAGGUUGUUUAGAGUCUGAUUUUGAGACAAUCGCUGACUUUCUCUGUACAGCAGCUGAAAUUACGAGUUGUGUGCAGAGGGAUCAUGGAAAAUUGCAGAAAGAGUUUCUCAAGGGUCUUCACAAUAAUAAAGAUGUUAUUGAUCUCCGGAUUCGUGUAGAGGCAUUUGCUGCCCAGUUUGCAAUGCCUGGAUUUGAUUCUUGAAGAUUUAUAAGAUGGCCUGCCUGCUACUUGGCAUACCCUCAAUUUUUAUCUGGUAAUCAAAAGUUAUUUUGCAUAUCCAUGUGUUUCCCAUUGAACUUGUGUGUAAAAUAAAGAAAGCAGGUCAUACAGUUCUGCAUAUGUUUUAAAAAAUUAUAUUGAUAAAAGUUAUAAAGAGCCAUCUCUUUAAAAUACUGUAAUAAUAUUUAUGAUGCAAGAAACAUACAUUUGGUGAAGGUCUAUUUAGUCAGUCUAGUUUCCAUAUUUGGUAUGUUAAGUGUAUAGCCAGAAACCCAACUGUACUAUGUAAUAUGGAUUCUCAAGUAAUGUUUAGCCUACUGAAUUGAUUUAUUAGAAUGUCCUUUUUAUAGGAAAAUGUGUAUGUAUAGAAAAAAAAAGUGUAAUUGAUGUAUUAUUUAAAAUACAGAUUGUUUAUAAGACUAUGAACACAUACCAUGA